UGGUGAUCUAUCAAAAUUUAUAUUUGCGAAUGUCAAACGAUGUCAAGUCGUAGUUUUCUAAAUUAUUUAGCAAAAUUUCAAAAAAACUGUUUUUGUAAUGGACAAACAUUUGUGCGGGGUUAUUCCAAAAAAGUGAAUAACUCAAAUGGACCGUUUAAAAUUGUGAAAGGAAGAAAACCUGAAGCAGAGUCAACAGAUUUAGUAUGGAGAGACCCAAGUUUCGAACUGUUAGCAUCAAAUGGGUUUCCUUUGUUUUUACGAGGAAAUAUAGGACUUGCUUGGUACGAUACACAAACCACAUUAAAAACUCAUCACGAACUGAUAAUGGAACAAAUUGAUGAUUCAGGUGAAAGUCCAGAAGCAGAUAUGAUCCUUCGAGUUCAGACAUGCCCCACAGUCUUAAGACAAACUGUUUGUGAAUUAUUCCCAUACAGAACGCUAGAAAAAAGUGAACUUUCUGUUAUAACUAUUAAUUUAAAACCAGAUUUAAAGCAAGUAAGAAGUAAUAAAGAGGUUGAAACUGAAAGAAUGGCUCAAACAUUUUUAAUAACUGCCAAAAAUAUUUGUUCCAAAUUAAGAAAUAAUGGUUACUGGGCAGAUUUCAUCAAUCCAUUCUCAGGGAGACCUUAUUUAGUUCCAACUGGACCAAAUGAAUUGUAUAAAACAGAUGAAAAGUUUAGAUGUUUGGAUUUUCAAAUCUUUGACAUUGAAGAGUGUAAAAUUAUUUCAAAUGAAGGUAGUGUACAAAAGAGGUUUAUAGGUAGUCUUUUUACAAAUGCCCCAUGUAACAAGCAUCAUUUAAACGAAAUUUUUACAUCCCCGACAAAUUAGAAUUUCAGAAAUUAUAAGUAAGUCUUUUAAAGACAAUGCAUAAAUGUAUAUAAUUUUAUUUAAAUAAAUAUACAUAUACCUAGUA